AUGGUGGUUAUUGAAGGUAGACGGGUCCUCCGAGAAGUUGGCAAUGGAGCAGGAGUAGUCCUGCGUAGCCCUGACAGGUGGACACAUAAGCACUCCAUCUCUUUUAACUUCUCAACCUCAAACAACAAAGCCGAAUAUGAGGCUCUCCAUGCUAGCCUUCGAGCGGCACAAGUGGUGAAGGCAGAACACCUCUACAUAUUGGCUGACUCACAACUAGUCGUAUGUCAGGUGAAUGGGAAAUAUGUGGCUAAAGACUCGAGGAUGGCCAUGUACCUCAAAGCGGUUAAGGAGUUGUUAGCCAGCUUUGUAUAUUUCAAGAUAGUGAAGCAUGUGGUUCUCAGGUCUCUAGGAAACCAGAAGUUGAUCAAUCUUCAAAUACACAUACCAAAGUGGACCGAUCUCCAUCCAGAUUCUCAGAAGUUGCUUCUUCAAAUUGAGGAGCAUAUUUUGGAGUACAGAGAUGAGAGUCAAAGGCUAGAUCAGUGUAGCCGGCUUUACGAUUCUUCAGUAUCAAGCGACAAUUUUGAUCUUGUCACUAGUCAAAUUAUACAGGAACUGGGAGGAACCAGUACUGCUAUGGAGAGGGAGAGAAUUACUGUGAAAGAAUUGAUGACUGAAGCUAAAAAUAUGAUGUGGAACACAGAGAUUGCUAUACGGUCAUAUAUGAGGCUUAGACCAAGGUUUCGUCAUCAGGAUCCUUCAACUACAGCCAAUAAUCAAGCAACUACUGACACCUCGAUGCCCAUGUAUGAUUUCUAUAUCGGGCUUCCGAAAAGACCAUCUCCUUUUAUACAACAUACAGUUUCCAGAUUUGAGAAAUACCUCGUUGAAUGUUGUCAGUGGAUUGAAGAAUUGGAACAGCUGGUUUUUAUGGAUGCGGACAAAAGCUCGUCAACCUCUGGAUCAGGCCUCCUACAGUCUCUACCUAAUGUCAUGUCAAAUGUGCAUGAUUUCUUUGUUCAUGUUGCUGCCAAGGUGGAGAGCCUUCACCAAUACAUUGAGUCUAUGAAGAAAGCAUAUCUAGCUGACCACAGGCGUCGUGGUGAUGUGAAUGAUCCAUUUCUUGAGGCUGACAGGCGCGAAACAGCCAAACAAGAAGCUGCUGCUCGAAGAGUUCAUCCUACUUUGCACUUACCCAUAAAUUCUGCACAAUCAUCCAGUCAGAGUGGAGGAUUAUUUUCUAGCCCAACAAUGCCAGUAUCAAGUGUUCAGCAACAACCAGCAGCAGGGACCUCUACUGCUUCUUCUGGUAGCAGCGGGUUCUCGUUGUUUAGCACGCCGGCUGCUCCUAGUUCAUCCUCAUCCCUCUUUUCUACUCCAACAACAUCUGCUCCAGCUUCUAAUCUAUUUGGCACACCUAGUUUUACACCGCAGUCAACACCUUUUGGGACAUCUUCAUCAUCUCUCUUUGGGUCUGCUCAGACUCCGUCGCUAUUUGGAUCCAGCCCAUCCUUUGCAUCCACUCCCGCCAUGGGAGGUUCUACGCUCUUUUCGACGCCAACACUCACCUCAGGUGCUGCAGCAGGUUCAGGGGCUAGCUUUGGGGCUGCAUCUAAAACUUCCAGGCCUAAAUCUCGUACAACCCGGCGCUAGCUAGUUUAGAUCUAAUUACAGUACCUGUCUCAGGGAGAGGCACCUUAAGGCUAAUUACCUUGGCGAGCGACCCAUGGUGAUUUGCAAGAGGCCUGGCAACCCGCGUUUCCUUCUGAUAUAAUUAAGAUGGGCAUGGAUCAUGCUGCGCAUGUAUUCUUUAGUGCACAAUUUGGAUUUUUCUGCAACUUAUCUUGUCACUUCACUGGUUUGCCUUAUUAUUAUUAUUAUUUCCCCCCUCUUUUUUCCUUCUUGAGGCCGUGUUCAAUUGGAUUUCAAAUUGUAACCCUGUUUCUUGUUAUAUCAUGUAGCAAUGCUAGUUCAAUUAUUGGUCA